AUGGUCACAAUUUGGGUUGAACAUUGGCCUGAUGAUGAUGAUAGUAGUGGAGAUGAGGAUCAGGGGAAUGGUGAUGAUGAGUACCAUGGUAGUGAUGAAAAUGAGGACUCAGGGAAUAAUGCAGAUGGUGGGGAUGGUGGGGAAGGAGAUGAAAGUGAUGAUGAUGACAGUGCUGAUGACCCAAGUUUUGUGGUGGAUAGGAGGGAUAUGGACAUGGAUGUUGCUGACACUUUGGGCCACCAAGAAGGAUAUAGUUUGGACAUGGACUUUGCCAUCCCAGUGGGAAGACCUGAACCAGAAGGGGAGGAGCAGUUCAUUAUCCCAACUGAUGAUGAUUUAAAUGAAGACUCAGCAGAGGAGGGGAGCUUGAGAGGAAGUGAUGAAGAAGCUGAUGACUAUGGAACAUUCAACCCAGAGGUUGAUUUCAAGAAACCAGUGGAGUUAAAGCUUGGCUUGAAGUUUCCUUCAAACAAUGUUCUGAGGAAAGCAAUCAGGUAUCAUGCUGUGAAACAUGGGUAUGAUUAUUACUUUUUGCAUAAUAACAAGGAUAGAAUCACUUUGUAUUGCAAGUAUAGAUGUAACUGUGAAUGGAAAGCUUCUAAGAGAAAUGCUAACAGUAAAGCAACUUGUGCUUUUAUAGCUGAGCACUUUAUAGAUGCAUUUAGGGAUGAUCCUAAAAUGAGUAUUCAAGCUUUCAUACUUAGAAUUCAAAGGGAACUAGGGGUUGAUGUGCAGUACUAUAAAGCAUAUUAUGCUAGGCAAAUGGCUUUGGAGCACAUACAUGGAAGUGCAGCUGACCAAUACCAUAGGGUUUGGGAUUAUGCAGCUGCUAUCCAAAAGUACAACCCUGGUUCUUCUGCUUAUGUUUGUGUAAGUAACAUAGAGAGGCCACCUGUUAUGUUUGAGAGGUUGUACAUCUGUUUACAACCUUGCAAAGAGGGAUUCAUACAAGGGUGUAGGCAUAUUUUGGGUGUAGAUGGAUGUCAUUUGAGAGGGACUUUUCCAGGGAUUUGUUUGGCUGCUGUGGGUAAGGAUGGGAACAACAAUUUGUUCCCAGUGGCCUGGGCUAUAGUGGAGGCAGAGAAUAAGGACACUUGGCAGUGGUUUCUGGAGCUCUUGGUGAAAGAUCUUGGCUCUGUUACAGAGCAUGUAACCUGGUUGCAUGAGAAGGAUGAUCUGGCUUUCAUGUCAGAUAGGCAGAAGGGUUUGCUUAAUGCCUUCUCAAAGGUCAUUCCUGAUGCUGAAGUCAGGUAUUGCUGUAGGCAUAUAUGGGCCAAUUUUAAAUUGGCCCAUCCAGGAGAGGCAUUUAGGCUAUGCUUUUGGAAAGCAGCUAGGGCUUCCAGUAAGGAAGUGUUUGAGGCUCAAAUGGAGUCAAUCAAGAUGCUAUCCAAGGAUGCAUUUAAUUAUUUGAGCAAGAUCCCACCCAAGCAUUGGAGCAGACAUGCCUUUUAA